GCUGCAGCUGCGCCGGCCGGCCAAUCAAAGCGCCCUCCCCUCAACCACCAUGCCAGCGACCACAGCGAGGCCAACACCGUCACCUCAUCCGGCCACGCCUCUGCCGCUCGCCCCAAGCACCAGAAGCAGCACCACGUCGGCCGCCUGCACGGUCGAGUGCCCUCCGCCAGCAAGGGCCUGCACAAGCACAACCACAGCUCGUCGCGCGUCAACCUGCACCGCAGGCAGGGCUCGCCCUCCGAUCUCGAAGCCCAGCUCGCCCUGCGCCCGGUGCCGCACCGCCGCGUCACCAGCGACGCCAAAUUGCCGCAGCAGGACCCGGACGCCACCAUCUCCAAGAGCCCGUUGCAGAGCAACCUGAAGCGCAACCGGUCGCAUGUCGAGAUCAGCAAGCGCCCCAAGUCCUCCGACAAGCUGAAACGCAGCUCCAGCGGCACCGGCAUCCACAAGGCCGACAAGCCCGACAAGCCCACCAAGUCGCAGGUCCAUUUCGAUCUCGGCUCCGAGGACGCGGAAGACGAAUGGGUUGACGCCAGCGGCUCCAACUCGCCGUAUCUCUCGCGAAAGGGCUCGCUCAACAGCAGCACGCAUUCCUCCUACCCCCCUGGCAGCAGCACGGCAAAUUCCCGUCCGCAGACGCCCAGCGCGUUGGCAGCGCCGCCCGAAUCGUCCACGUCGCCCGCCCGCAAAGAAGCAGAGCGAAAGGACACCCCAACGACGCGACUGCUGCAACGGACCCCCUCCCACGGCGCUCCGCCCCAAAUGUCCACCGACAUCGCCAUGGCCAAGGCCAAGGCCGCCCCAAAGUACCUGUCGCCCGCCGACCACGCGACCCUCCAGCCGACCACCCAUGAGCCCUCUCCGUCUGCGGGCAGCCACGACGAUGGGUUGAUUUCGCGCUUCGUUGAGGUCCCUAGCUCGGGCCUCACCAGUGAGGGAUCCUUCUACAACCCCGUUCGCGCAGGCGGCUCCCACCGGUCAGAGGGCCUCCCCGCGCGGCCACACGGAACGGCCAUGUUGUCACGGUCUCACGAAUACCCCAGUGAAAACGCCAUCCAGAUGGAGAGUGAGGAUAGCGCGCUGGUGCCCAAGCCCGCCAAGAGGACAGCUGCACCAGCGGCGAACACCUCGCGCACGCAGCAGAAGCUCAACCUGCAGCGCGCCAGCUCAUCGCUCGAGCCCGGACAGGCAGUGCCCGGCGUUGGCGGAGUCGUAGGAGCCGGGCCGUUGAUUGGCAUCGGAGACCCGGGACACGAUGGAGGCAACAGCCGCGAUCCCCGCGUCGGCAAGCUCCUGGAGCGAACAGGCAUGGAAUACCUGGUCGUCCGGCGCCACCAGAAUCCAAUUGUGCGAUCGCUGAACCGCCUUAGCCAGUUGCCUGGCUUGGACAAGACCAAGAGGAUUCCUCGUGCCAACACGGGCUCCACGACGACCAGCAAGAGAUCAGCAACGGAUCUCGCGAUGCGCCACAUUCGAAACGUGAGCAUGCCGGAGGGACGGCAGCUGCUCCCCACCAGGCUGGGGGGCUCCUCAGUGAAGACAAAUAACGACGCGGAUUCCGGUUUCGAAGGAGACGACAUGAACCGACUGAGUGAGAGACUCAGUGGCUCCAGUCUCGUGGGAGGCGAGGAAGAGGACGGCAUAGCGGCACUGCUGCGGAAUCUCUGGGAGAAACCAAUGGACCUGAGUGCCAGUACAGACUGA